AUGCGUUUAUCAAGUGCUCUCGCGUACACUCUGCUUCAAGCAACGGCAAUUGUAGCCUCGGUUCAUGAUACACGAUCUACGGAGGUGACUCCUUCAAAGCGACCAAACCAUGUAGUCGGACCGCAUCACCCCAGCAAACCAUUCCCUGCAUCGCCUGAUCGGACGAAGACUUGCAUUAUCCAGGCCCAUGGAAACGGAACCGACGAUUCUGCGAAUAUCCUGAAGGCUAUCAAGGAUUGCAACAAUGGCGGUCAUGUCGUUUUUCCCAAGGACCAGAAGUUCACAAUCGGUACAGCACUUGAUCUGAGGUUUCUGAAUCAUAUCGAUCUUGGUAAGAUAUCAGAGCUGAAAUUUUGCCUGACAUUUGUAAUUGACUAUGAGAUAGAUAUCCAAGGUACUAUCCAAUUCACCAAUGACACCAACUACUGGCAAAAGAAUGGAUUUUAUCAAACAUUCCAGAACGCCACUACGUUUUUCCAACUUGGCGGCCAUGAUGUCAACGUCUAUGGUGGUGGAACACUUGAUGGCAACGGUCAAGUAUGGUAUGACUUGUAUGCGAAGGAUAUUUACAUCUUGCGACCCAUCCUAUUCGGCGCCAUUGAUCUCCAUGGCGGAAGCAUCUCCGACCUCAAGUUCAGAUACAGUCCGCAGUGGUACACGCUUGUUGCGAACUCGACCGACGUCGUGUUCUCGAACAUCGAUGUGGCAGGUGGAAGUGUGUCCAAGAACCCAGCUAAGAACACCGAUGGCUGGGACACAUAUCGCUCAGACAAUAUCGUUAUCCAAAACUCCCACAUCGACAACGGCGACGACUGUGUCUCCUUCAAGCCCAACAGCACCAACAUCAUCGUGCAAAACCUCUGGUGUAACGGCAGCCACGGCAUCAGCGUGGGCAGUCUAGGCCAGUACGUCGGCGAAGUCGAUUACGUCGAGAAUAUCUACGUCUACAACAUCUCCAUGUCCAACGCCUCUGACGGCGCGCGCAUCAAAGUCUGGCCAGGCUCUGCCUCCGCUCUCUCCGGCGACCUCCAAGGCGGCGGUGGCUCCGGCGCCGUGUCCAACAUCACAUACGACUUGAUGACUCUCUCCAAUGUCGACUACGCUAUCGAAAUUACGCAAUGCUAUGGCCAGAAGAACAUCACUCUUUGCAACCAGUACCCGUCCAAGCUGACGAUUUCUGACAUCACGAUCAAGAACUUCAGUGGCACCACGAGCAAGAAGUAUCAGCCGCUGAUUGGAUAUCUUGUGUGCUCGAGCCCGACGGUGUGCAAGGAUAUUACGAUUGAGAACAUUGAUGUAAAGAGCCCGAAUGGGACGGAUCUUUAUGCGUGUGGCAGUAUUGAGGGGAUUGAGAAGCAGGUUAAUUGUACGGGCGAGGGGAGUAAGGGUGGGAACUCGAAGAUGAGGCUAGUGUAG